ACCAACCAUCAACAGCAAGCUUGUAGUUGUAGCCGAUCGAUCGAGCAAAGCAAUGGCUGCUGCCAAGCUUGCCGCCCUGACCGUCGCCUUGCUCGCGUUCGCCGGGCCCGUGGCGUCCCAGCAGGACUCCGGCGGCAUCCUUUGCUUGGGCGGAUGGGUUCGUCCAAUCCCAGUUGUGGGUGGCAUGAUCUGCCCCGGAAACAUGAUCCCGAGCCCUAAAAUUGAUCCGAAGCCGAGUCCUGCCCCCACAGGGGCGGGGCUCAGGGUCGGCUACUACAACUCGUGCCCCGACGCGGAAGGUAUUGUGAGGAAGGUCGUGAGCGACGCCGUCGCCAAAGAACCUGGCAUGGGUGCCGGUCUCAUUCGGCUCUUCUUCCACGACUGUUUCGUACGGGGGUGUGAUGCUUCCGUUCUACUCGUGAACUCGAGCGGCUCCAGCGACCCGUCAGAGAUGUUCGGCCCACCAAACAGAGACAGCCUACGGGGAUUCGGCGUGAUCGACGCGGCCAAGGCGGCGCUCGAGGCGGCCUGCCCCAACGCCGUCUCGUGCGCGGACAUCAUGGCCUUCGCCGCCCGCGACGCGUCCUUCGUCCUCAGCAACGGCAGGAUCAACUUCGCCAUGCCCGGCGGCCGCCACGACGGGCGCGUGUCCCUCGCCUCCGAGACCACCGACGUCCUGCCUGGGCCCUUCACCGACCUCCAGACGAUCAAGAACAUGUUCGCCUCCAAGGGCCUCGACACCAAGGACGUGGUCACGCUCUCCGGCGCGCACACCGUCGGCCACGCCCGCUGUGGGUUCAUCUCCUCCGACCGCCCGGACAUGAACGCCACCCUCGCCAGAGAUCUCAGGAACAAGUGCAGGAGUGGCAACAACAACACUGCUGUGGUGCAGGACUACAAAACCCCUCACAUCCUGGACAGCCAGUACUACCAGAACGUGAACGACAAUGCUGUGCUGUUUCAGUCGGACGCCGCGCUGAGCUCGGGUGAAACGCAGCCUCUGGUGGAUAUCUACGCCGCCGAUUCAUCAGGGAACAGGUGGGAGACCGAGUUCGCGGCGGCGAUGGUGAAGAUGGGCAACAUCGAGGUGAAGACCAGCCCCGGCGCGGACGCCGAGAUCAGGAAGAAGUGCUCGAUUUACAACUAGCCAGUUGAGUUUAGGUGGUAGUUGGGGCGAUCGAUGCUCCUCAUAACUAAAUCCUGCUACUGCUAGGUCCUCCCCGUAUUGCAACAGUGCCAGUGUUCACUUGGCUGCCUCUCCGCCAUUUCUGUGAUGCAGUAGUAGGCUUUUGGUGAAUCAUCUUCAUCUUCUCUGGUCUCAGUUGGAACAUGCAUUGUUCCCUUUUUUUUGCUUAGUUUGGCCAAUUUUCAGUCAAGUGUCAUGGUAGCAUGUUUUAGUGUUUGAGUAAAGCAAUACUCUGUAA